GAAAAUCUUAUAUUCGAAUUUUUUAAUGAGGAAAGCAAAGAAAUUGUUACGCAGACUAAAAUGAUUGAUAAUGAUUUGGAUCUGGUUUGGAAUGAAGUUCAUUAUCUUCUGACUAAAAAUAUUGGCAACAAAUUCAUUUUCGAUGUGAUGGACUACUGUUCUAGUACGGAAGAUAAAUCGCUCGGAAAUUAUUAUGAGGUUAAUCGAGAUUUUGUCACAGAAAUUUCUGAAG